GUUUCAAAGUCUUUUUGAUAUCAUUGGGCUUUGAACAAAGUCACAAUUUAGCUUAAGCCCACUCAAUUGCUACCUCCACUUUUUUCAUUUUGUAGAAAGAAAAGAGUAGAAGAUCACACUAUUUCUGUUUCGUUUUCUGCAAGUCAUUUGAAUUUAGAUAGGUGAUUGAGAAUAUUCCGAUGACGAGCGAGUCGGAAAAUGUCCGCCGCCGUACGGCAUAUGCUGAAUUCCGGAAAAAGCAACUCGAGCAGAAGGAGCUAGAUGCUCAGCUAUGGGCAGUGAAAGAAAAUUUGCGUGCAGCCAAAAAGGAAUAUGGUAAAACAGAAGAUGAUUUGAAGUUGCUUCAGAGCGUUGGGCAGAUCAUAGGCAAAGUGCUCCGGCCUCUAGAUGACAAACGCAUGAUAGUUAAAGUCGGUAGCGGUUCAAGGUAUGUGGUUGGCCGUUGCAGUAAAAUGGAUAAGGAAAAUCUAACUUCUGGCACUAGAGUGGUUCUCGAUAUGUUGACUCUUACAAUCAUGAGGGCACUCCCACAUGAAGUUCAUCCUCUGGUGCAUAAUAUGCUUCAUGAAGAUCCUGGCAAUAUAAGCUACUCUGCUGUGGGUGGACUGUCAGAUCAGAUCAGAGAGCUGAGAGAAUCAAUAGAACUACCUCUGAUGAACCCUGAACUUUUCAUCCGUGUUGGAAUUAAGCCUCCAAAGGGUGUUCUUCUCUAUGGGCCUCCUGGGACUGGCAAGACCUUGUUAGCCAGGGCAAUUGCCAGCAACGUUGAUGCCAAUUUCUUAAAGGUAGUAUCAAGUGCCAUUAUUGAUAAAUACAUAGGUGAGAGUGCGAGAUUGAUACGGGAAAUGUUUAACUAUGCUCGUGAUCACCAACCUUGCAUCAUUUUCAUGGAUGAGAUUGAUGCAAUUGGUGGACGUCGAUUUAGUGAGGGAACAAGUGCAGAUCGUGAAAUUCAGAGAACGCUCAUGGAGUUGCUUAAUCAGUUGGAUGGAUUUGACCAUAUUGGAAAGGUAAAAGUGAUUAUGGCAACAAACAGGCCAGAUGUUUUGGACCCAGCUCUUCUUCGCCCUGGUCGGUUAGAUAGAAAAAUAGAAAUACCGUUGCCUAAUGAACUAUCAAGAAUUGAGAUCCUCAAGAUUCAUGCUGCUGGAAUUGCCAAACAUGGUGACAUUGAUUAUGAAGCUGUUGUUAAGCUUGCUGAGGGUUUUAAUGGAGCUGAUCUUCGAAAUGUGUGCACUGAAGCUGGUAUAUCAGCAGUACGUGCAGAGCGUGAUUAUGUCAUCCAUGAGGAUUUCAUGAAGGCUGUAAGGAAACUGAAUGAAGCAAAGAAACUUGAAUCAAGUGUGCACUGUACUGCCGAUAUUGGCAAGGAGUGAGGGAUUUUUGUCAUUGUGUGAUAUAACCAACCCCAUAGGAGUGAUGAUACUAUUGGACUGUUCCACAAUCUGUCUUUGCAAUUGUAGUUACAUAUACUUGUAUUGCCCAUAUUCAGGAAUUAUGUAAAAAGCAUUAGCAUUAGGCACAUGCUCAACUGUUUUUUGUUCAGCACGGAUGCUUUGAUUUUUUUCCACUUAUAGUUUGCUAUGGAUAUGGUAAGGUGAAAGAUUGGACGGAA